GUGUGUGUUUGUACGCGCGCGCGUCUGUGGACGAAAGAGUUUAUACUGGAUUCUCCGGACGCCUCCAGCGCUGUGAAAUUGGAGGAUCUCUCCAGUUCUGCUUUUGUACCCAAAGCAGUAGGUCUAAUGCGCGCAAAAGGACGCAACACUCCAGUGCUGUUGCGUAUCUGCUCAGUUUUUAACACGCUGUCGUUUGAAAAAAAAAAAAAAAAAAACUUUACACACCUUUGCUGUCAAUGGUAGCAGCACAGGUAGGGAAGAGGAUCCCGGAAGAACCCGUAGUGCAGGUUGCCACAUUGUUUGCAUAGCCUUUUAUUCCAAAGCUGGCGAGCGUCGAUGGACUUGUUUGCCUCGUUACAAAAAGUAGGCUAGUUAUUCUCUCUUAAAGUUAUUGAUUUGUGCGUGAAUGAACGAAAAGAAGAAGAUGAAGGAGCUGAGGAAGAAAAAGCUGUUCGUGGUGGUGGACGUGCUGUGCGUUCUAGUUGCGGCGCUGCCCUUCAUCAUAAUGACCAUUGUGUUCAAGCCAUAUCAGAGAGGGGUUUACUGUGACGACGAGAGCAUCAUGUACCCCCUAAAACCAGACACCAUCACCCAUGGAAUGCUGGCAGCUGUCACCAUCUCCUGCACUGUCAUCAUUAUAUCCACUGGAGAGGCUUAUCUGGUCUACAGCAAAAGGGUGUACUCAAAUUCUGAAUUCAACCAGUAUGUAGCUGCACUCUACAAGGUAGUGGGCACCUUCUUGUUUGGUGCAUCUGUUAGCCAGUCGCUCACCGACCUUGCCAAGUUCACCAUCGGCCGCCCGAGACCGAACUUCAUGGCCGUAUGUGUCCCUAAGGUCUGCACGGGAUACAUGCCGGUGAUCAACUGCACAGGCAAGCUCCAGGACGUCACAGAGUCCAGAUUGUCCUUCUACUCGGGUCACUCCUCUUUUGGAAUGUACUGCAUGCUCUUCCUUGCGCUUUACGUGCAGGCAAGACUGGUGGCUAAGUGGGCCAGACUUCUCCGGCCCACCAUCCAGUUCUUCCUGGUGGCCUUUGCGGUGUAUGUGGGUUACACCCGAGUCUCUGAUUACAAGCACCACUGGAGCGACGUGCUGGUGGGGCUGCUGCAGGGAGCACUUGUUGCUGUACUCAAUGUGCACUUUGUGUCAGACUUCUUCAAGAAGCGUCCUCCUCGUUGCACUAGGCCCAACACAGCUGAUAGCGAAGAACCAGAGAGGAAACCCAGCCUGCAGAUUGUAGACUCCGAGCACAGCAACCAUUUCAACUAUCACCACAAUCCUGGCCCUAUGUGAUAGGGGCGGAUGCAAGGCAACAGAGGCUGCAGCCUGCAGACCCAAAACCAGUGUCCAACUCAAGGGCUUCAGCCUUGAUUGUGCAGUCAACAGCGUUCAGUUCAGAGAAUUACCUGGGUCUUGACUCUUAUCAGCUGCCCCCUGCAGACUCCUGAUGCUAUGUGAGGAGUCCUAUGAGUGUGAGAUGUUAGUUGUAAGUUUAAAAGUGUCUAUGUAAAUUCUGCAGCCAGCCCUUUUGUAUGUCUUUUUGAAAAGGGAAAAGGUAGAGAUCAGGUCUAUAGCUUGCAGCCUCCAAGCCCCAUGCUCCCUCCCUCUGUUUCGACCACUCACACCCCACCUACUCCCCAACCACUGGCCUGACUGAGGGGGCCGCAUCCCAUCACCAGGUGCCGGAGCCCCUUCUCAAAGAGACCAUGAUGAUCGUCUAUCUCCUGUAAGGGAGAUAGGAUGUUGUUUUUAAGACAUCAUUGUUGAUGUUGAAGUGUAUGUGCUUAAAGCUGCAUUAAGUGAAAGA